AUGCCGGGCUUCGACUUCUCCAACUACAACCGCAACGCGGCUCUUCACGCCAAAGGGGUUCCCCUUCCCAAAGCCACUAGCACCGGUACAACAAUUGUCGGAUGCAUUUAUGAUAACGGAGUUGUGAUUGCAGCAGAUACCAGAGCUACCAGCGGCCCUAUAGUAGCAGACAAGAACUGCGAGAAACUACACUACAUCGCCCCCAAAAUCUGGUGUGCCGGUGCUGGUACCGCCGCCGACACUGAGUUCACCACCGCCCUCAUCAGUUCCAAUGUCGAGCUACACUCGCUAUCGACAGGCCGUGACCCCCGAGUGAUCACCUGCAUGACGAUGCUGAAGCAGCACCUCUUCCGCUACCAGGGUCACAUUGGUGCCUACCUGGUGGUUGCAGGUGUCGAUCCGACCGGAGUUGGCCUGUACACCGUUCACGCACACGGUUCGACGGACAAGCUGCCUUACGUGACAAUGGGAUCUGGCUCGCUGGCGGCUAUGUCUGUGUUCGAGUCGAUGUGGCAGCCAGACCUGGACAAGGAGGGAGCUAUCAAGCUCUGCGCCGAGGCGAUUAAGGCCGGUAUCUUCAACGAUUUGGGGUCCGGUAGCAACGUUGACGUGUGUGUCAUUGAGAAGGACAAGCCCACUCAGCUGCUCCGCAAUUACGAGAAGCCCAACGAGCGUGGUCAGAAGGAGCGCAACUACAGAUUCCCUCGCGGCACUACCGCUUGGCUAAACCAGAAGAUCAUCAGCAAGGACGAUAUGAAGAAAUAUGUCACCAUCCAGACUUUGUCUGGGGAUGACAACCUUGCUGCUGGUGAGAAGAUGGAAGUUGAUGCUUAG